GACAGAGCGCGCGGGACCGAGGUGCGCGGCUGACCGGAGGGAAGGCUCUCCUCUGACCGCCGCUGUGCACCUGAGGAUGAAGUUCAUGUAAGCAGACAAGAAGACCAACACAUCUGGCAGAGCACGGCUCAGCACUGCCUUGCCUCGAUCUUUUUUAAGCCCCCCAUCCUCGCAUACAAAAACAACAAAAAAAAACCCCGACCCGCAUAUUAGGGGAGACAACGGACACAUCGCAUUAAAAAGGCAUCGGCACUCCCAGCUCACCUCACCAGGGGAUGGACGUUCGCCCUUAAAGGGUCUUUUUUGGGGGGUGGGGGGGUGGGUACCGGACUUCGGAAAUACGCCAAAAUUACGACGGGAAUCAGGUACAGCUCCCUGUCUCCCGGCAACGGGAGAGACCACCGGGCGCUCGUGAUGUCUCGUGCCAAGGAGCGGCUGAAAGGCGGGAAGGAGACCAAGGACAGCGUCACUCUGCUGCCGUGCUUUUAUUUUGUAGAGCUCCCUAUCCUGGCCUCUUCUGUUGUCAGUCUUUACUUUCUGGAGCUGACCGAUAUUUUCCAGCCGGUGCAUUCUGGGUACAGCUGUAAUGACCGCAGUCUGUCCCUGCCCUACAUCCUGCCUAGACAGGAAGUCUGCUCACUACCUCUGCUCUUCAGUUUGGCCUUCGCUGCUCCCACUGCCACUAUCCUGAUAGGAGAGGCCAUUCUGUACUGCUAUCUGUCCAGGAGGUCUUCGGCCACACAGACCGAGGCCAACAUCAACGCCGCAGGCUGUAAUUUCAACUCCUACAUCCGCAGGGCUGUACGCUUCAUAGGUGUCCAUAUCUUCGGCUUGUGUGUGACAGCACUGAUAACGGACAUUCUCCAGCUUUCCACUGGUCAACACACACCUUACUGGCUGGAUGUGUGCAAACCCAACUUGACCCACAUUAACAUGUCCAGCUGCGACGAAGCUUUUAUUCUGGAGGAUAUCUGCUCUGGACAAGACAAUGGGCUCAUCAACGCUGGGAGGAAGUCUUUCCCCUCCCAGCAUGCAACUCUGGCUGCCUUUGCUGCCGUCUACAUCUCAAUGUACUUCAACACGGUGCUGACAGACUCUGCCAAGUUGCUGAAGCCUCUCCUGGUGUUCUCAUUUGUCAUGCUGGCCAUCCUGGCUGGGUUAACCAGGAUCAUCCAGUUCAGAAACCACCCCGUCGAUGUCUACUGCGGAUGGUUACUAGGAGCUGCCAUCGCCGUUUACCUGGGUGUGUAUGCGGUGGGGAAUUUCCUGCCCAGUGAAGAUCGGUCUCGGUGUCGACCACCUCCCCCCAUCCUGAGAGAGCCCCCCCUCUCCACGCUGCCCAAUGUCAGCCAAACAGCCAUCAGCAACAGCCACCAAGGUAAAACCAUGCCAGGCCACCACACCCUGGCUCCCAGCCAGCCAGAGCCUAUUAUCACGAGGACCUCUUCCCACACUUUAUUCCCCGACCACACAGGGCCCAUCCUGACACGAAGCUCCUCUUAUCGAGAGCCCUCUCUGACCAAUAUGAAGAGAGCAAGUGCUGAGGUGGAGGUGAUAACGCCAUCCAGUCCUCUAGACAACAUGAUGACGUUCAGCAGCAGCACACUACCAAGGUCCCACGGUGGCUCCUCGUUGGAGGAGGGUCGCAUUCCUCGUCGUCAUGCGUCCAUCCAUGCCUCAAUGGACUCAACUCGAUCCAAGCAGCUCCUCAGCCAGUGGAAAAAUAAGAAUGACAACAGGAAACUGUCCCUGCAGGUGAUGGAUGGAAUAAGACCAGCCUCCUCAUCAUCUCCUCAGAGGAACAUGGAGCUGCGCUGCUCUUCUGAACCCUCUGCCAUGGGCCUGGAGGCAGAGCUCCGUGGUGGAACCCACCUGGCUUCAGUCACUUGCCAGGAGGCAGAGCUGCGUGCUGGGGGCCACAUCCCUGCUCAGUACAUGAAGCUAGCAGCUAGCUCUGUUCCCAUGGCCAAUCAUAAUCACAUGGCCCAUAAUGGCAGUAUUGGAUUGGCUGGUGGGGCCAGGGUGUCUAUUCAGUCCCGACCCGGAUCCUCCCAACUGGUUCAUAUUCCUGAAGAGGAGAACCCCACCAGCAGGGAUCAAGAGAGCGAAUCAGAAGACAGCAUUAUGGACGGUGGUGGGUCAGUGAGGGAAAAGUGGCUGAGAGUGGCUGAGAAAACCACCAUCCCCUGCAGGCCACUCAGUGCUGGGGGACAGCCUCGUCUUAUGCAGGUGAUAGCCUUAUCCAAACAGCAGGGUUUGCUUUACUCUCCUCGGUCUGAGGAUGGUGGGAGCACUGUCAGCUGCACUGGAUCUAUCAGGUACCGAGCCCUGAUGGACCAGGACCCAUCACCGCCCGCCUCCACCACCGGAGCAGUGGGAGGAGGAGGAGGUUUGGAAAGAAGUGGCAGUAUAGUCCGUGUCGAAGCUCACCCAGAGUCCAGAUCAAACAAACCAAUAGUGAAACCUCCUAGCACUGACGGAAGUGGCUCCUGGCGAUGGAAACCACCAGAACAACGAGCGUCUCUCCGAGAGUCAGCUUUCGCCCUCAAUGACCUAAACAGGCACACAGACAGCUGUGAUUCACUGAGGGAUGGAGGGUCAGUGGAUGGACGGAGGAGUGUGACAGGGACUGAAAGUGAGAGUGAAGGGGGAGGAGAUGGAGGGGUAGGAGGAAUAGGUGGAGGAGGAGGAGGUGCAUACACAAACUACCCACAUAUUGUUCACCCUGUACAUCCCUUGUAUCCGAAUAACCCCAACAACUUCCAGCACCCCAAUUUUAAUCCCAACAACCCCAUUAGCCCCAACUUUAACAAUGCUCACCUUAACUUCAACCCCAAUUUUACCAACUCCAGUAUGCCAUUUACCCCUACUGUCACCUUUGCCCCUCCUUUCCAUCCCCAACCUCAGGCUGUCACUACCAUCAGGGUCACCCCAGUGGAAGGGACAGCUGCCAGCAGCGAUGGCGGCUCAGACUGCCAGUCGGUGGCCUCAUCUAGCCGAGAGUCCACCCUGAGGAGGAAGAGUGGCUCCAACAUUGUCCACAUGGCUGAUCGAGGGCCAACCCCUGACCUCCACAACAACCACCGCCUCUGUGAUGACAGUAACCGUCUUGACCACGAGAGCAGCAACCGUUUCCACGAAAACCUAAGAAGUUUUCAGGAACACCCCAUCCACCCCAAUCACCCCAAUCACCCCAACCUAGCCAACAGGCAGUUGCAGGGGAUGUAUGGCCGCCCCAGCCCUACCCCUCCCCCUACCUUACCCCGCCCCAUCCUGACUCAUACUCCGCCUCCUACUCUAGGGUUGGCUUAUAAAGAAUGACCUGUGUGGAGAACAUCCAUUUACACACAUGAUAAAGAAUUCAUCAUACUCAACCAAGGCAAACAUGCAAUGGAGAAUUCAGACUGGGCCAGAAAUGAAAGGAAAUUCUGUUAAAUCUGUCCACCACCCAGGACCCGCCUGUAGGGAGUGGCCAAGAGCUCCCUGGUCCCACCCACAACUUCUCACCUUGCCACUUAGCAUGCUAUAUGGCUAAUUGUUUCCCUGCUAGCCUCCCAGCUGGUUUUGUUCCUUACUAAAUAAACAAUGGAGACUUGUUACAGGAGAUGUAGUGUUGGCGUAUACAGACCUAUUAGCAAUAGGUUCAAGAUCCACUUUGGGUCACAAAUCAUACAAAGUACAAACACAAUUAGCCCUGCCUCCAUUUUCCAACAGGCCAAUAAAAAAUGGACUAUAGUCAGGGGAGAGGUGGAUUAAAUUUGUAUUCUUGUGGGUUUCUUCUUUAGACUGCUGGAUAAACCAGACAAUUUUUGUAGAUCUAAAAAAAUGAUUGCACUUGAUUCAUUGGCACAAGGAUAAUGGACUAAACAAACUGCAGACCCGUUGACCCUCUCAGAAAGUCCAGCCUCUACUAGUUGCUAGCGAGGAUUGACUCUACCCCCUUCUCCUCUGUCUGCUGGGUCAGCUGUGAAUGGGAAUACCUUUUGUAUCACUAAUAUUUAUACAUAUAUUCUCAGCUUUCAUCCUGUUGUCAAAAACAGGUAAUGUAUUGUUAUAUAAAUGUUACAGUGUAACCACAUGUAAUUAGAUGGAAAUUGCAUUCAAAGCCAAUAACUGUGCUGUGUUUAUACAUAUGAGAGUGGGUGGCAACAGUUGAAACUAUAUCCAACGUCUUAACUGUGCCUGGACUACAAGGAGUCCCUUUUGGGCAAUAACACUAACUCUUACUUUCAUGGUGUUGUUGUCUGUGUUGGGUAAGAACAAUAUCAUCGGACAUACAGUACAUUGUGCUUAAAUGUAGUGCAACAUGCGCUCUGUUUUUACAUGCUGUGUUACAGUGAUGUGCAGUACUUGAAUUAUCCUUACUGUGUAGUAGCUGUACUGUAUACUGACACGUGAAUCAUUUGAACAGACUCACGCCAAACUAAUGUCCCAUGACUGACAUUUUUUUGGUGUUUGUUUUACCAACUCAUCAGGUCCCACAGACUUGGGUGUAAGUAGGAUGAGGGCCACCACAGAGAAAUUUUCAAUCUAAUAUUUCAAGAAUAAGGUGUGAUAUGUUGAGAAAAAAAAUUGCUAUAAGAGCGGGUUGUAGUUCUAGCUGAAUGCUUGAUGAGAAUAGUUGCAAGUUGCAAACAAUAUUUUAAAAUAAAGUACAAUAUAUCCUGUGCCUGAUGUGUUGGCCCUGUGAUAGGAUGGCAACCUGGCCAGGGUGUUCAACACCUGUUGACUAAUGUCAACUGGGAUUGGCGCAAGCCAAAUAUUACAAGAAUUAAGUCACACUUUUACAAGAAAGUCAUACCGUUACAAGAAAAAUUGUCAUUAUCAUCAUUAUAUUUUGAGAGCAACAAAAUGUUGUCUGUAUAUUUGUAUGUUUUAAUAUGACAGUAAUAAGAUGCGCAUUUUAGAAACUUAUAAGUUCAGAUCCUCAGUGAUCCUUGAGCGUCAGGCUGUUCUCACCUGUUUACAGGAUGUUAUAAAAUUGUAAAUCAUUUUUAAUCUUAUCUUAUCUAUCUUUUUUUCAUAACAUUGUCUUUUCUUUUUUUUGUCAAAUUUCAACUUUAUUCUAAUGUUACAAUUCCGUGAAAUUACAAUUUAAUUAAUGUAUUUAAAUUAUAAUCCCCCCCCCUGUAUAAUAACAACUUUAUUCUUAUAAAAAUGUAUAUUUACGUCGUAAUAUAUCUUUUUAAAAAAGUCCAGAUUUGCAGUGGCCCUACUGUACUGUUGUGAUGUAAAUUCCACACUUUGCUGUGGUAGUAUUUUGCAUAUGUGGUUGAAUUCAUAAUUCAUAAUUGACCAAUUAUCAGACACAACACACCAUAUGGACAAUAUAACAGACAUUACGUAUCAUUUUCUAAGCCCAGUGUUUACAUUCUUUGUUUACCGUAGUGCCCAAGUGCCAUCAAAAGAAAAGUCAUGUGGCUGUGGGCUAGUCACAUAGAUAUACUGUGCUAGUGCAGAGUUUUGAAAGAAACCUGCCUGAGAACACAAAUAUCCCAACAAAUUAUAACCGAAUGCCAUUUAUAUUAAAGCUGUUGUGUUCAGCGCUAACUUCUGGCCAAAUGCCGCAUUGCUUGUUGCAUGUGUAGGUGCAGGGCCACGAGGAAGAUAACACCAGUAUGUUGACAUGUUUUUAAAGGGAUACACAAUAGUUGAGUGGAGAGGACUUAUAUUAUAAUAUUUAAACAUUUAUUGUCGGGAGUACAGUAUUUUAAUUAUGCAGGCAGAUAUAUCAAAAGCAUAUGGUUUAAUGUGACAGAUGCUUUUCAGUUGCUCGUAACUCAUUUGGAUAUGUUGCUGUAUUUGGCGUUUUAUAAUUCAAAAUAAAAUACCAUUUUAUAUGGCAUUCAGUCUUAGUAAUUUUGGACCUCACAGGCAACAAUUUCGGCAAAGCAGAUGGUGAAUUGGCCCAUGUUUUCUAAUCAGGACAGUAUAUUUUUUUCAAGUACCUGACAUUGUGGUUUCUCAUUGUUUUCCACCAUAAUUCUCAUAUAGUAUUUCACAAAAAGCAAUGUGGUCGUGCCACUUUAGAGCAGCAUUAUCAUUCAAGGACCAACGGUUUUGGUUUUAAGGUGUAUGUAUGUGCGUUACGGACAAUCCAUUGUACUUGUCUAGUCCAAUAAAUGCUUUGGCUGAUCAUUAAAUAAAAUUCACCACAGGACUCGAGCUAAAUGUUAGCCAACCCUUCAGCUAGGCCAGAACAGUUCAUUGUUUUUUAAAUCAAAAUUGCAUUUUGAAAGAGUAGUUGCGACAUGCUAUUGAACAGACAUUAGCAUGUAGCAACAGUAUAAGCCUUUCUUUCUUUAUCAUUAGAAUGUGGGAAAGUGUGUAUUUUAAAAAGAGCUACAGAUUCUGGCACAUUAUUUUCAGACAGAUAGCAGCUAGCUUGCUAUACUGUCCCAUUAUGUGGGAGCUUGUCACUUUAAAACUUCUAAUAUGGGACCUCUGGGACUUAUUUCUGGAACAAUGCAGUUCCUCUUGUCACUCUGUUGGGCUAAGGUUAAUGUUAGCUUAAUCAGCUAAAGUUCACAUAUCUCAUUAGGGGUCCAAUAUCUAAACAUUAUGGCUUUUUCAUUAAUUUGCCAGCCUCAGAAGUGGACAAUGUAGUAGGCCUGAAACUGCUGUUGACAAAUGAAGCUCACAUUUGGUAAUGUACCAAUAGUAGAAAACCAAGUUAACUCAGAAGUUAAAACCUAGUUGCAACAUUGUUUAUUGUUUUUUUUGUUUGUUUUUUCACAUAGAAUCACAAUUGAUUUAGACAUCAUCCUGAAAUCGUUAUUCCCUAACUGCAGCCUUUUUUCAUCAAAUGGGUAGAACAAGCACAAGUUGGCAGUAGUUUUUUUACCACAGAAAUACAAAGGUGCGAGGUGAGCUGCCCUGGACAGGUGCGUGUACAUUCCUUAAGCCCCAAGCCCCUGGUAUUUUAGAGGAAUUCAUUUCAAUAAAGUUUUCAUAUAAAGAAAGUUUUUAUGAAGCCAUUCAAUAGUUUUAUUGUCUACAAUUUACCUACACCUUAACCAAAGCUGCUUAACCUGCCUAAACCUUUGCAAAUAUUUUCCCAUGACAUAAACAUGAAGAUUAUAAUUAUAAACACAAUAUGAAGGAUUAUCAUACAUAUAUUUUCAUAAAAUUUAACUUUUUCAUACAUACAUUCCCUGAAUGAAGACUGUUACAUAGUAAAAUAGAUUGUAAUCCCAUACAUGAAUGUGUUACACCUGUGUAUAGACUUGGAGAAAGAGACAUGUAUUUUGGUACAACAGAUGUGGAAUAUGGUUUUGAAUCUGUAACCUAGUUUAGUAGAGUAUAAUUUCAGUUCAAUAAACUGCCGGUACUCAGUACAAAUAUUAUAAAGUGAAUAUCUUAGUCUUGAAUUUAUCUAAGUAUAGUUUGUGCAAGAUCAAUUAAGAAAUCUGAUGGAACAUUAAAAUUAACAGAAAAAAUACCUGAGCCUUGUUGGCUAUGUUGUAGUGAAAAUGAGAAAGUGAUUUUUGAAUACUGAUUUCUGUUGGCGAUUAUAGCUUUCUAAGAAAGGUGUACAAUCAGUAGUCAAAGUACUGGAGAGACCUUAGAGAAUGUUUGUGUUCAUAACUUAUGUUGUGAUAUCUUUAAACUCUGAGUAUUUAAGGGUAUAUGGCUCUUGUCUGAUUUAGUUUUUCCAUAAUGCAAUAAUUUUAAAUCAUGGUUUUACAGAAAUUAUCUGUUUUGAAUUAAGUUGAUGGUGUGUAAAGAUAAUAGGAAGCACAACAUGGAUGAAAGAGGUUCAUAGGAUUUUUGAAGUCUCUCUCACAAUUAAAUUGAAGAUGUGUACAUGAGGUACAGUGAGUCCAAGCAGAUUUCUGGAUACCAAAAUAGAAUUGUACCAAGCUUCAAUUGCAGUUGUUACAUUGGCUUUCUUCUCAAAUGUUCACAGGAUGUCAAUGUGAGCACAUGAAUAAGCAUAUUUCUGACUAUGUCUCUGUGCCUGAUCACUACUGUCACAAAAGAAGAGCACGCUUGCUUAAAUUAGGGCCUUAACCCUAUUUAGCAAGAGGAACCAACCCUUGAUGCACACUUGUCGAACUAUUUGGCUUUUGACUGUAUAGUAAAAAAUGAAUUCCUGUACUUACAUAUGGUGUGCUGUUUGGAAGUAUAUAUUAUGUGAAAAUCAAAUUAUAUUUUCUGUUGCGAGAAAAUUUAAAAGCAGAUUUUACAUGACCUUAUCCUUAUCCUGUUUUUUUAUCACUUGUGUCAUUAGCUAGCUGCAUGAUUAAGUUCCGCUUGUAAACCCUGAAACACUCAAGUAGGACUUGUUUGUGGCCUUAACAAGCAAAUUUCAGUUUAGUUCUUGAUAUUAUUAUGUGUAUUAACGAUUGCUUAAAUGGGCUUAAGUUCAAGUUUACUUUGGGACUGGUGGUCUGGUUCAAAUAUGGAUAGCCCUUUAUAAGCCUACUUGCAUUCAAAGGGUACCUGGGUUGGUGUUGUCUAUCAUGCUAGCAGCUAGCUAGCAUUCAUACUACCUAUUAUAACACAAUUAAGAGCCUGCUGGUUACAAGACAAUAGAAUUUACCAGCUGGUGACAUUUUGUCAUAAAGAUGUUAAGAUAGACUGAAUGUGAAUGACCCACAGAUAAACUAUUUAAUAACUUUGUGAUACUUAUAAUAAUCAGUGUUAUUUUGUCUUUUUCUUUCAUCAAAUCUCUAUUGAUAUGAUACAAUGUAUAGGUAUUUUGAAUUAGUGUACGUGAAAGAGAACUUUUUAUAUCUGACUGAUGAAGUCGUUGGUAAUUACCAUGAGCUCGGUUGGUCCUGACUUACAGUUCGGACAAGUGGAAAUCAAAUAUGGCCGAUGUUUUUGCAUUUCUCCUGCAAGUCAGUAGUGAACCGGCUGCUGGAAUUCACUUUCCAUUUUCUAUGACUUUCUGUGGCUCGCCGCUGUUGCCUCACAGCAGACUGGUACAGAGCAGCACAUCUACAGGCCCUGAACGCUCCAACAACUCACGACUACAACAGAGAGCAUUUUGUUUGUUCUGUGACAUGGUUGUGUACUAUGCGAUUGGUCGCUCAAUCUUUGAAAUAGGAUAUAGCCCUGUACUCUAAAAGACUUUUUUUAAGGAAUAGGUCAAUAUCUGAAAAAAACCCACUUAUUUGCUUUCUGUCUGAGAGUGAAAUGAUGAGAAUAUAUCUAUAAAUUAAGCACAGAGAUGGAGUCAGAAUUAUGGUUAGCCUAGCUUGGAAGUUAGCCAAGAUUAUGGGUAUGGUUAUUAUGGGCCUGGUUAGCCAAGACAAGAAGCGGAGAGAAUCAGCCACACUGGCUUUUAACCAGAGUUAAAAAAUACACCUUUAAAGCUGACUACACAAGUAAACGCAAAUGGAAAAAAUGAAAAUCAAUAAGUACAAAUGUGCUAAAACAGUGCAAGCUUACAGAUCAGUGUGUUUUCCACAAUGUUGCACUAUUUCUUAUUAUUCAUUUCUCAUUUGACUUACCGACAGGAUCCAAAGUGAGCGGUCAGAAAAUAUACGGAACUGAUUAAAUGUAUUAUUGGAUACUUGGUGUAGGUUUGUUUUUCUUCUAUGACAAUUUAUAAUUUAUAAGAGCCAAUAGGUGUUCAGAAUGACAACAGUUAAUUGUGUGCUGUUUCUAUUGCUGUAAAUAGACAUUUGUAUCUUUAUACUCAUCGGUAUCCCGUAUAUGAACCCAGACUGAUGCUUUGGGUCAUUAGCGUGAUGGAAAAUGCUAAUGUUUAGCAAUAUGAACUAACAGACAUUUCCAUUAAGGCCUGCAAUCAGCCUACCUACAAAUCUACCCAGUCACGGCCGCAGGCACCAGCGUGCAGGCCACUGAUUCGUACACACUGUUCAGGACCGUCCUCUUUUUUCUAUCAUUACAUUGAAACUCCAUUUCUAGGUUUCAGUGGCUUGAAUCCAGGCCUCAAAUCUGUUUGGUAUAGAACAAGAUUUGCUUACAUUUUGAUAGAAAGAGUGUUUUUUUUUUAAUUACUUCUGUCUUGUGAAAUUCUUGGAAACUCUUGUCAAAUUGAGACUAUGUAACUUUUUAUGUAAAUUCUUCUCACUUCUGAGUAGCGGUAACAGCGGACUCAAACACAUUUAACCACCUUACAUUAGGAUAGUGAACGUUGGCCACUCACAGCGAAGAGAGAAACCAAGGUGUCACUUCAUCACAGUGAAAUGUGUAGUAGGAUUUUGUUUUGGGCCUGUUGAACCACUUCAACUUGUUUGCUCUUUCUUGUAAUGCUUGAUUCUCUGGUUAGCGGUGGCUCUUGUUGUGGUCACCCUCAUUUUGUGUUCUCCUUAUGUUUUAUGGUUUCUGGCAGACUCACUGCUACCCCGCUGCGAUGGAGUGUAACUGGUGACAUUGUGUUGUUCACACCUUUUGGCUUGGGGACACAUGACAGUAUCAAAUCCAGCGAGUUGUCAUACCAGGCCAUUUUAGAAAAAGUAGGAUUUAGCAGCCGGAAUGAAUAACUGGAUUUUGGAUUUGAUACUUUAACCCUACUGCUUAGAAGAUUGAGAAAUAAUUUUCCUAUUGUCCAUUAAAAAGUUAAAUAGUCCCGCUCUGAAGUGUAAUUAUCCACAUUGUUUUAUAAUGCAGAAUUUAAUGAAAAUUGUAAAAAAGGAAUUUUCAAUCCUGAUAGCACCUCUCCUCUUUCAUCCUGUACAGUUUGUUUCUCUUCUUUUGGGGUUGUGAGGUUUUCACUUGGGGUUUUGUCGAAGUUGCAGACCAUGCUGAUAGUUGCACGAAACUCGGACACCCAAACAAUAUUUUUGAAGUGCAUUUUUUGUGGUGUUUGUUACAUUUCCUGCCAAUGAAAGUUGGCUGGUUUGAAUUGCUUUUUUUGCUUAACGGCUUCCUUGUAGCUGAGAUCUGCUUUGCUUGCCGCAGUGGUCACUAUGUUUUUUUGAUAAAUGUUAGUGUUCUCUACGGCUAUCAGCAUGAUAGAUCAAAAACUUCAAAACCUUAAGAAUUAAGGGCAAAAAAGAAGAGAGGAAAUGUUCUUUGAUAUUGACAAAAAUUAUGUCACAACUUGUAUUGAGCGUGUAUUUAUGAACUUCAGUAUCUGUGGUCACUCAGUGGCUAUUUUUUACAUGUACACUCUAUCUUAUAUUUCAUUGUACAGUACAUUUAUUUUGUGGAUGGUCGCUUAAUCCUAGUUAAGUAAUUCAGAGAAACUUUGACAUUUGUUCUAUGCACCAAACAAAAUCAGUUUGGUGUGUUAUCAUAAUCUCACAGGUAAAACUACUAACUCACCAAUAAAGUGAUUUGGCCUCACAUAUCGUGUAACCCCCCCCCCCCCCAUUUUCUUUUAUCCAUCUCAAUUUGAUUUGUCUUUUGUUAUUUCAUGCAUCCAAGAUGGAUUAGAUGACGUGCACAUGUAAAUAUGGCAACUGAAAUGGAGUCAUCUCAUCCAUUGUGUGACCAACAAUUUUUUCCAUCUCCUGGGACGACCUGGACAGACGUGCUGACUCUAUUGGGACUGUGCCAUGAUAUUCAGGCCAGCAGGACUGUGUCGAUGGCUGAAGUGCAGUGUGGAUGAGUGAACUACUGUGUGUGACACAUGUGGACUGAUUCUCUAAACACAUACAACAGUGACAAUGAAUAAUAACCGACAUCCUACAGUUUGUUUUCCAGUGGUGUCUCUGUAACAAAAUAAAAGUUUGAUAUGA